AUGAUAGAUGGCGAUUUAUCGUAUUUUAUGGAUGAAAAUGAAGAAUAUAAUGAUGAAGAUUCAUCUUCAUGGAGUUAUGAUGAUUGGUUGGCAUCUGGUAUUGAAACAUCGGCUGAUUUCAAUCAAUUUUUUGAUAAUGAAUUUAUACGACUUACUUCGCUCUCUCGCCCAAAUUCUACAUUACCACUCGAUAGCUUAUCGUCAUCAUCGGAUUCUCUUUCAUCGGACUCUUCAUCGUCUUCAUUAAUUUACUCAUUUAUUGAUCUGACAGAUAAUUGUAUUUCACCAGCUUUAUCACAAUUAGUUAAUCAAUUAUAUUGGAUUGUAUUGUUUUGUUGUCUAUUUCGUCUUGUUUGUUUAUCAAAAUUAUUCUCAUCGAGAAAACUUCAUUACAUUCAAAUAUGUUCGAGUAUAUUUAUACUCUUUAAUUAUUUUCAUUUUCAAUCAAUAUAUCUUCUAACAUAUGUCUUCAUGGGAUAUUUAUCAUUUCAAGUUUGCUUGAAUAAAUGUCGAACUUAUUUAACAUCUAUUAUUGUAUGCUUUUCAAUUAUAUAUGUACUUGCAUGUGAAUUUAUUUUAAUCGAACAAGUAAAAUGGCAUAGUAUUCGUGGAGUACAAAUGUGUAUUAUGAUGAAGAUGAUUUCUCUUGCUGUUGAUUAUUCAUUUUUUGAAAAACCAUCAAAAACAAAUACAAACGAAUCAGUAACGUAUCCAACAGCAAUCGAAUUCUUUAGUUAUAUACUUUCAAUACAUAAUACAAUAUUUGGUCCAUGGAUUAAUUAUAGAAAUUAUAUCCGUCGUUUUCACGAAACUAAUCCAAUGAGAAAAAUCGACUUUUUUGAAUUAGCUAAAUGGGCUUAUUAUUUUCUUCGCGUGGCUAUUUGUCUUCUCGUGUCAACAUGCUUAACGGAUUGGGUUCUUCGAAAUAGCUUUUUAUACAUUGAUGACCAAGAUAAUAACCAGGCUGGAUGGCGUGUUGCUUACAUACAAGCGUUAUCUUAUCGUUUUAGUCAUUAUUGUAUUUGUUUUAUUGGUGAAUUAUGUGGUCAAAUUAGUGGUCUUGAAUUUGAUGCUGAUGAGUACUGUAAUUAUACACAUAUUUGCCAACAAGCAAAUGAACGCAUUGAAAUAGAAAGAAAAUCUCGUGAACAAGCAGAAUUAGAAGCACUCGCUGCAGCAACAGCCUCUCAUACAGGAAAACGAAGACAUCGAAAUAAAAAGAAUAAUAAUAAUAAACAAGAAGAAAAUGACAGUACUGUAUCAACGACGAAUGAAGAACAUCAUGAUUUAAGUCAGAUAAGUAAUCUCAUUGCGAAUGGAUCUUCUACAACAGUUGAAUCCAAUUUAGCAACAACAAACGACGAAUCAGAUCUCUCAACCAGUCGAAUUCUAGUCAAUCGGCGUAGUACAAAAAAAUCUCCUUCACAAAAUUCACUUUCUGCAUCUAAACGUAAAGUUUCUAUCCGAACAAAUCCUUCAACAUCAUCAUCGUCAACAAAAGCAACAAUUUCUUCAUCGUCCAAUCAUUCGAACUCAUCAAUUGUCAAACCAUCUCACAUUGAAAUUCCUCAUUCAUUAGUCGCCGUUGUUGUUAAUUGGAAUUUACCAAUGCAUUACUGGUUAAAAAUCUAUGUUUUUAUUCCGAUAAAACAACAAUAUGGCCAUUUUCCAUCAAUACUUAUAACUUAUCUUGCAUCGGCACUUUUGCAUGGCUUCAAUUUUCAAUUGUCGAUUGUUUUAUUUUCGAUUGGUUUAUUUGCAUAUGUUGAAUAUGGUUUUCGGCGUAAAUUAGCAAACAUUCUCGAUGCAUGUGUCGCAGCACGUGCGUGUCCAUUACGUUCAUCAUGUGAAAACCAUACAUAUACAUAUUGGCAUCCAUUGACAAUAAUUGUCAAUGUGUUUUUAUGUCUUCUCAGUUUGUGGCAUCUCACCUAUUUGGGACAACUAUUCGAUGGUAGUUCACAAGAAACAAUUGGCUAUUCGUGGCAACAUGUUCUUGAUAAAUGGUCGAGACUUAAUUUCGCUUCACAUCUGGUUGUUAUUGGCACUUAUGCUAUAUUUCGAUCAUUAUAA